ACUUGUUGGCAGCUCACUCUACAUGCAAUAGCCAACAAGCCACAACCAACAAUCAAGAGACAAGAGACAAGUUCAACUGAAACCUUAAUGUGCUUGGCGGCGUUUAGCAUACACUUUUAUACAUUGUACAGAAAUGGAUCUGUACAAUGCUUUUAUAUCAGUGCAUAAGCCAGUUCCGUAUUAGUUUCUAAAGAAACGCGUAGCUAAACAAUUCGAAAGACUUCUUGAGGUGCACCUAAAAACAUCAGAGUACCAAGUUGGAUAAUUUUGGUUACAGUCUCGAGACAAGCGCAAUUUGAUUAAAAAGGAAGGAAAGAAGAAAACGACAAAAAUACCAAAGUGCAGCAGCUGUAGAGAAUUCUUACAAGUUGUGUGACGAAUGCUUGCUUGCCUUCAAACGACUCUUGCUUUCAAUGACAAUAACAGUGAAACGAAAUUACACAAAAUUACCCAUCGUUCCGUAGCAUAAUAAACCUAAAUUAUGAGAAAGUGAGAGAAAAUUGCUUUGUUUACAUUGCAGUAGCGCAUUUUAAAGAAAGCGCCAAAAAAAGUAGUACAUAAAAUAAAUAUUUAUAAUUCAUUUAUUGUGACAAAGUGAAACCUUCAUUAUUUGGCAGUUCAACGCAAAAGCUCAAUGACAAACAGAGAAAAAAUACAUAGGCACUUGACGAGAAUUUAAUGUGAGGCAAAGUAUACGGGUAAAUGCGAAGUUUCAUAUGUAAAACUACAAAGAAUAUACAAGUAUAAAAGCUAAACAAAAGAGUGAUAAAUAACAAGAACAAAAGCGAAAACAUAUAACAUACUUACAUAUAAGCUCGGAUAUCGGGUGAGUGUCGAAGCACGCAAUCGGCCGCGAAAACACCACGCGUUUAACUCAGAUAAAUACAAACAUACAAAGAGAAAAAUUAACAAUUAAAAUUUUACACGCAAGUCGAAAGCCAAAAACUACAGUACCUCCAAGCAUACAUAAGUAAAUAAAUAAAGAAUAAAUAUAAUUACUAUUUUAAACAUUAACGCCAUAUACGCAUGAACACCGAAAUGUCCAGCAUACCAAGUAUCAGCGAUGAACAGGAAACUACUUUGAAGCAGUUCCGCAAGAGCGUUUCCGACAUUCUGAAUGACACGCAUGAUGAUUACUACCUUCUGCGUUGGUUGCGUGCAAGAAAAUGGAAUCCGGACGCGGCCGAGGAAAUGUUGCGUGCGAGUUUGAAGACACGCGCUAUGUGGAAUGUGGACAACUUGGAGAAGUGGGAUGUACCUCGCGCCCUGCGUGAAUAUCUACCUUACGGACUAAUUGGUUACGACAACGAAGGGUCCCCAGUUAUCGUUUGUCCAUUCUACAAAUUCGAUAUUUGGGGCAUGCUACACUGUGUCACACGUUUCGACUUCCAACGUUAUUUGGUGCUACUAUUGGAGCGUUUUAUGCAAGCUGGCUAUGAGCAGAGCAAAAAAUAUGGCCCACAAGCACGUCAACUAGUAGUCUUCUUCGAUAUGGCCAACUUCAAUAUAAAGCAAUAUGCGUGGCGUCCAGCGGCAGAGUGUGUUCUUUCAACGGUCAAGCAGUAUGAGAGCAACUACCCCGAAUUGCUAAAAAUGUGCUAUAUCAUCAAUGCACCCAAACUUUUCUCGGUCGCUUUCAAUUUUGUCAAAAAGUUCCUAGACGAGUACACAAUGAGCAAAAUAAAAAUCUACAAGACCGGCUCAGAUAAGUGGAAGGAGCCGCUAUUCUCUCAUGUGAGCCCAGAUAUAUUUCCAAAAUGUUUUGGUGGAAAUUAUGUCGAUGAGAAUGGAGAUCCCGAUUGCAAAUCCAAGAUAAUUUGGGGAGGUAAAAUUCCUCAAGAAAUGUUUGUGGAACAAAACGAUGAAGAUAAUGACAAGGAUUAUAGUGAGAUCACGAUAAAUAAGGGCAACAAACUCAAACUAGACUUUCAUGUUGAUGAAAAGAAAGAGGAAAACUUAGUGCUGUCGUGGGACUUUCGCACCUUCGACUAUGACAUCAAAUUCGGCAUAUACAGCAUUGAUAAAUUAACCGGUGAAAAACGUAGCGAAGUGGCGCUUGGCACAGUUUAUUCCAACGAAAUGGAUGAAGUGGGCUUCAUCUCAACACGACCAAAUACGACAUAUACGGUGGUGUUCGACAAUUCACACAGCUACCUGCGUAGCAAACGUUUGCGUUAUUGGGUGAAUUUAGUGUCCGAAGUCGAUGAUAUUACAGAGCUCUCGGCGAGAGUGCAAAAUACGGAUAUAGUCUCGAAGAAUGGUAAUUAGGACGUUUGAGGCGUUACGUACAUGACAAACAAGAUAGGAUCAAAGGAUCGAUAUAAAUGUGAUAAGUACAGGUUAAUGAAUGCUACCAAACCAAAUAUUCAGGCAUGUUCCACGCACAGUAUAUCGAGUCAUAAUACACUAAUGUAUGAAUUAUUGAAAGCCAAACAAAAACAAAUACAAAAGCGUAUAUGUAAUGUACUUAUAGCAAACCUGCAUUUUAUUUGCUAAGAUAGAUAAACUCAUUUGUUAAUUAAAAGAACUAUUGAAUGAAUUGAAAUAACAUGCUAUACUUGUAUAUAUAUAUAUGUAAAAAACAAAAAUGAAAUAAAAAAUAUAUUAAUAAAAAAAAAGUUGCCUCUGUGAAUAAACUAAUGUCUGUCUAUAAGAAUAUACUUGCAUAUUGCGGAGCAUAAUUUUGAAAAAAAUUAGUUCAAAGCUAAAAUAAAUAUAGCUAAGUGUAUAUGUAAAUACCUGCAUAUAUAUGUAAUAGACAUUUGUGAUACUUCUAAUAUAC